CUCCCAGAAAGGCUCCACCCUCAUCCCCGUCCUUAGGUAUAGGGCAAGGCUUCCCAAAGCCCCGCCUGAGAGGCGGGACCUAAGACUCAGUACCGAGGGACACAGACCUGUUCCACUUGGGCACGCCACUACUGCCGCCCAUGGGAAACAGCCACUGUGUCCCUCAGGCCCCCAGGAGGCUCCGGGCCUCCUUCUCCAGAAAGCCCUCGCUGAAGGGAAAUAGAGAGGAUGGCGCAAGGAAGCUGGCUGGCCUGUUUGGCACCGAGGCCGGUCCUGACCGGGAUGCCACCGCCGACAAGAUCUUCUGCUACAUCCCGGGGACGGACAUUCCAGACUUGGAGAGCCAGCGAGAAAAUCUAGAGCAGCCGUUCCUGAGUGUGUUCAAGAAGGGGCGGCGCAGGGUGCCUGUGAGGAGUCUGGGCAAGGUUAUACACUAUGCCAAGGUCCAGCUGAGAUUCCAACAUAGCCAGGACACCAGCGACUGCUAUCUGGAGCUGUUCCCCUCUUACCUCUACUUCCAGGCCCAUGGUUCCAAAGGACUCACCUUUCAGGGGCUGCUACCACUGAUGGAGCUGAGUGUCUGCCCGCUGGAGGGGUCUAGAGAGCACACUUUCCAAAUCACAGGCCCGCUGCCUGCUCCCCUUCUCGUGCUCUGCCCCAGCCAGGCUGAGCUGGACCGCUGGCUGUAUCACCUAGAAAAGCAGAUGGCCCUCGUGGGAGGGCUGCAGCACUGUCACUCAUCGCCGCCACAGGGCUCCCCUGAGGACGAGCUGCCCUGGACUCUGCAGCGCAGACUGACCCGGCUGCGGACAGCAUCGGGCCGUCAAGUGGUGGGUAGUGCCAUCUGCGCCUCAAGGGUCAAGCUUCAGCAUCUGCCUUCACAGGAACAGUGGGACCGGCUCCUGGUCCUGUACCCAACAUCCCUGGCCAUUUUCUCUGAGGAAGCAGAUGGGCUUUGCUUUAAGGGGGAGCUCCCGCUCAGCGCCAUCCACAUCAACCUGGAGGAGAAGGAGAAGCAGAUCCGCUCUUUCCUCAUCGAAGGCCGCCUCAUCAACACGAUCCGGGUGCUGUGUGCCAGCUAUGAAGACUACAGCCAGUGGCUGCUCUGCCUGCAGACGGUCUGCCCCACGGAUGGCGCGCCCCCACCGCCCGGCCCCGAGAGCUGCCGAGGGCCGUGGACGUCCCCACAGGUCAUGGGUGGUGGCCGAGGCUCGCUCUCCUCAGAUGGACGAACCAGCUGGGACUCAGGGUGUCCAGCACCCCCCUCCACACACACCAGCCACUCUCUCCCUGAAUCUUCAGCGCCGUCCACCACAGGCUGCCCCGCCCAGCCCGGACCUAACCGGGCCAACCCUGGCUGCAUCAGCAGGCAGAGGGCAGAGCUGAGACGGAGCAGCAGCAGCCGGUCACCCAGGAACAAGGCCCGGGGUGAGGGGGCCAGCCGGGCCAGCUCGUUGUUCUUGGACCUGACCAAGCUGAAGCCGGAGGGCAGCCCCGAGGCCCCAGACUCGCCUCUGGAGACCCCACACUCCCCGCUCUAUGCUGAUCCCUACACACCGCCUGCUACCUCCUAUCACAGGAUCACAGACGUCCAGGGCCUGGAGGAGUUCCUCAGUGCAAUGCAGAGCUCACUCGGACCUGAGUCCUCGAGCCCAUUCCCCUCGGUCCCUGUGUCUGUGCCUGUCUCUGACCCCAGCUCUGGGCUCGCCGGCACCCACGUGCUCUCCAAGAAGGGAGCCCUGCAGCCCCGAGCUUCUCAGCGGCACCGAGGCUCUGUCAAGGGGCAGGGUCCACCCCACCCAGUCUCCCCUCAGCAUGUCUCCCCUGUGAGAGAGGUCUCACCCAAGUCGCUGCCGCCUCCCUCAGGUGGCCAUCCCCCCAGAAGCUAUGACAACAUCUGGGACAAAGCUUCAUCUCCCUCUCACAAGCGGUGGCCCCAAGGAGCACCUGAUGCUGGCGGGGGGCUCAUCCAGUGGAUCUGAUGGCCCCUGGGCCGGCUGGUUCUCAGGACCACCUGGCAGUAUUAACCCUGGAGGGGGGUCUGCAGCAGAGCCUGGGUCCAAUACCUGAACCCCAUCCAAUGCUGAGUCAGUGUCUGACCCCAGCAGGGUGCAGGGGUCUCCAGAACUCUGAGUUUCCCUGGGCUCUGGAGGGGCCAGGCAGAGGGCCUCAUACCGAAGAUGGCCUGGUGACAUUGCACCACAGAUCAGAGCAGGAUGCGUGGAGGGACCAAACUUCAACCUUUCCUCCGGGGAAGGGAUAGGGGAGGUCACUUGGCGCAGGCUUUACCUGGGGUGGGAGCACGGUGGAGGUGUGAAGGCCAGAAGGCUGAGAAAGAUGAGUGAGGGUCAGAGCAUGUGAGGUCAGAGAGCACAGGGUAGGGUAGGAGGUCAGCAAAGUCUGAGACAUCACAAGCAAAGGUAGGAGGGUAUUCUGGGCAAAUGUGAGUGCACUGGGGCCUGUUGGGAGAAACCGACGAGAGACUAAACAAGAAAGAGAUUUUACUUGU